UUAAGCUGUUCAGAGUACCUAUUAGCUAGCAACCCUAUUGGAAGUGUGCCGUCUGCACAAAUGCCUAAACUCCAUUGCUCUUGAUGGACAUGUUAUAUAACCAGUACCUAUGUGCGUAUAUGGGAGAGCAAGAGGAAGUGAGUCUUCAUUACUGUAGACGAGCCGUCAGCGCAGCAUACCUGGCAGAACUGUACAAUCCUCACCUUGAAUGAGCAACGCCAAAUUCCUCGAAAACGAAACGCAUUCGUGUUCAGAACAUACCAAACUGGUCCUAGUCCUUGUCCCUCGCUGGGCGGGCGUGACCUCGGGUGACCCCUGGAGGUUCCAAGGCGGCGCGGCUCGCUGCUCUGGAGAAUGCGGGUGGCGUUGGAGCCAGCGGGCAGUGGCCCGAUGCUGGAGGACCUGCUCGACCACGAGAGCGUCAAGGUGGAGACCGUCCCCGAGAAGAAGGGGAUCCUCUUCCUCAAGCACGUCGAGUACAAGCUCGUCAGCCCGCACUUCAUGCUGCCGGUGGCGCGGAGGUUCAGUGACUUCGCCGUGUUCCACGCAUUGCUGCUGCAGAGGUUCAUCUACCGGAUGGUUCCACCCAUGCCCCCGAAACGUGCCCUCAAAGGAGUCUUGAACCACAGGUCUGAGCAUUUUAUUGAGAACCGUCGCCGUGGGUUACAGAGGUUCAUGACCUUGGUGAUGCGGCACCCCAUAAUCUCAGGGGACGAGCUGGUCAAGGUCUUCAUGACCGCCAACAGUGCAGAAGUCCAAGUGAAGAUGCGGGAGACCAUCAAGCGGAUAGGGGACGAGUACAUCACCUGCCCCAUGUCCGCCAUCGUCAAGCGGUUCAUGCCGGACGACAUCCAGACCCAGACGGAGGUCAACCGGGAGUUCAUCUGCAGCAUGCUGAGCAGCAUCCACAAGCUGCGCGACGUCACCGAGAGGAUGUCCCAGCGCUCGCGAGAGAACUCCACCGACCUGCUCGCCUUCGGCAAGGACCUGCGAGCUCUGGGCUCAGAAAAGGCCCAGCCUCCGCAGGUUGCCACGGCAGCACCGUCCUGGCAGAACCACCGGCAGUCCAUCCACGGGCUGUCGGAGGACUUCCGAAUACUGGCUGAUAAAGCCGCUCUCCAGGGAGCCAAGGAGGAGAACGAGGUGGUUGAGAGGCUGAGCUUGUUCUUGGACUUGCUGCAGUCCUACAAAGACCUGUGUGACCGUCAUGAGAGCGGGAUUUUCAUGGAGCAUCAGCGAGCACAGCAGAGGAGACCAGAGCCACUCACAGAACUGCUGGAACAGCCAGAGUCACGCCUCGCUCAGCAAGAGAAUGCCAUUGUGACGAUGGAGCUGAGGAGUUACUUCUCCCUGUUCUGUCUGCAUCAGGAGACCCAGCUGGUGUUCACCCACCUGCCCCUCACCACCAACAUCUUGGGGGCCUUCAUCCAGUCCCAGAUCCAGGGACACAAAGAGAUGGGGGACUUCUGGUGUGACCUUCUGCCCAAGCUCAACACCAUCUUCGAGGGCAACACUGGAAUCUCAUCUCCCCCUCGUUCACCAUGCCGGAGGAUCAUUUUCCCAUGAUGCUCCGCGUCACGGCAACCUUUUUUUAACCGGAUUCAUUUCACAAAGAUUCUCCUCCCUCUGAAUCCUCAUUGUAAAUCAUCAUGUCUAAAUAUUUGCAAUGGACUUAAAAAGAUUUGUUAGUAACUAGAAGCUAAAGAUGACAGAUCCUGUCAUCACAGAAAUAGUAAAAUGGUGUUUAAACUAGCCUUUUUAUUAGAUGUCAUUGAUCAAUAUCUGGCAUCCAGAAUGUUCCAGUAUAUAUCAAAUAUAUCACAUGACUUAAGACACCAACCUGCCAUGAAAGCUGUGUAUAAUGGGUUCCAGACAUCACAGCCUUAUGAAAAUGGAUCCUGUAGCUGAUCAUGUAGCUUCUGAUGAAACUGAAACCAGGGUUUACACUGUCUCUACCCUGAGAUGUUAUCUUUAUGUGCUAGGUUUUGUACUAUGUGCAUUGUCAUGGUUCUGAUAUAACUCCACCUUUUGGUACCUUUUGGUUUUGUACAGCACAGUUCUGGUGGUCAGUCUGUCUCUCCCUUCAUGACGUAGAACUGUUUACUACCACUGGUUUUCAAUAUUCCGUAAAUAAACGGAUACGUCAGUGGUCA